AAAUGAUUUUAUUUUGUGAACUGUCAAUAGUACAUUUAUUGAUUUUUUAUCAUUUAUCCUUUAUGCUAAUGUGGCGCCACCCUAAUUUAAUACAUUUCGAAGGACACUUUUCAUAUAAACAAAUGAUUUCCCUUACCUCUACCCCCAAUAAUUAUCAAACGUAUUUUAUUUAAAAGUGGUGGUUAUGUUAUCCCCGUAUUUAUAAAGUAAUGUCAUUUUAAGUUUGCAAAUAUCAGAAAUAUUUAAAUUAUUAAUCUAUUAUUACAAUAACAUUUAUCUUAUCAUGGCAAAAUCAUGUGAUAGCAUAGUUUUGUGUAAAGAAGUACCUGAACAAACUGUAGAAGAAAGAAAUUAUUUGACUUAUUUAAAAACAGCUGGUUAUAAAUGCAAGUAUUUAUAUACCUCACAGUUUGAAUUUGUUAAUAGCUCAGAUUUAAAAUCGUGGUUAAUAAACCCUGAAUUUUUUGAUGGUAAUAUAUUUAAUAUAAACAACGACAUGUAUGUUAAUGUAGGUUUAUUAUUGACUAGUGAACAUGCCGUAGAAGCAAUAUGUAACAUACUAAGGGAGGAUGAAAUAUCACUAAGCAGGUGGCAAAAAUUACCUGCAUAUUGCCUUGGUCAUGCAAUUUCAUCGCUAGCAAAAAAUAACCUUGGUUUAGAAUUCUGUUUAGGUAGUGAAACCGAUGAUACCAAGGAUCUUGUAGAGAUCAUGAUUUCUCGUAAAGCAUUAAUAAUAAAACCACUGUUAUACCCUUGCACUGAAAUUGCACAAGGCCCCUUUGAAGUAGUUCUUUCAAAAAAUACCAUUUAUCUGUAUAAAAUUGUUGCUUAUUGGAAUGCAAUUAGGCAAUCAUUCAAAGCUGAUGUCUUAAAUAACGUUAGUACUAAACCAAAAAUAUUUGUCUUUUUUAGUCCAUUAUGCGUAGAUUACUUUGUAUCCAUAUUAAGGGAUUAUCCUGCUUGUAUAAAAAAUGUAAAAGCAGUAGCAAUUGAUCCUGAGACUGAAGAAAAUCUAAUAGAGGCUAAAUUUGAAGUUUAUGCCACUGCAGCAAAUCCAAAUCCAACAUCUUUAUUAGAAGCUAUUAUCAAUGCUGGUGUCAAUAGUAGGUUAGAUAUAACGAUCUGACAUAUAAAAUAUUUUUAUUCUCAAUGUUGUAAAUAUGUUAUAUGUUAUUAAUUAUUCUUUU